AUGAAGAGUCAACAGAAGAAUGAGGGGAGUGUGGGGCUGUACACAUACCCCGUCCUGCAGGCUGCAGAUAUUCUCCUCUACAAGUCCACUCACGUCCCAGUAGGAGAAGAUCAGGUACAACAUCUGGAGCUGGCUCAGGACCUGGCCCGCAUCUUCAACAACACAUACGGAGACUUCUUCCCUGAACCACGUGCUCUGCUCAGCUCCACGCGGAAGGUAAAAUCCCUCCGUGACCCCUCCUCCAAGAUGUCCAAAUCAGACCCCCAGAAGAUGGCCACUGUCAACCUCACCGACUCUCCCGACGACAUCGUCCUCAAGAUCCGCCGCGCCGUCACAGACUUCACCUCUGAGGUGACCUUUGACCCUGAGGCUCGUCCAGGCGUGUCCAACCUGGUUCUGAUGCAUGCGGCGGUGGUGGGGUGCACGGUAGAGGAGGUGGUAAGGUGGGCCAAGGGGCUGGACACGGGAAAGUACAAACAGCUGGUAGCGGAGGCCGUGGUGCAGCGCCUCACGCCAAUCAGGGAGGAGAUUGAGAGGCUGAGGGGGGACAGGGGGCACCUGGAGAGGCUUCUGGCCCACGGAGCCCACAGGGCCAGGGAACUGGCUGCACCUGUCCUCAAGGAGGUCCGCCACCGAGUAGGCUUCUGCUGAGGGGAAAAGGAGGUCAAAAAUUGCCCAUUGUUUUCUAUGAUUUGUCAAUUAAUUAAUUGAAUUUUAAUUUACUUCUGAAUUAACUGAAUUGAUCCCAAUCCAGAAAGGCGGGUUGAGAAAUUUGAAAGACUUGUUGCACAGAUGAAAGUGCGACAGACAGACUGACAAAAGGAACUGGCACUCUGUUUUGUGUGGGGACUGGAAGAUUGGCUAUGGUGAUUGACUAUGUGUUGUCAUUUAUGAGGCUCUGCCUUGUUUCAUAUUGCUGCCAAUGCUUUUUUAUUAUUUAAAGAAUAAAUAUGUACAGUAUGCUCUGUGGGUUUCUCAAGCUCUAUCACACAACCCACACACCUCUUCCCUUCAUGGCCUUCAUCAGACAGUCUGUGGGUAGUGAGUAUGCUAAUGCACUGUCAAUAGGAGGUAUUCUGCCUGUUCAGUUGUGGGCUUUGGUCUACAGAUGGAGAUGGAACAUAGAGAAGAGCUCAGCCUCACUGUGAUACUUGGAUAGACUAACCUGAGAUCCAGACUGCUUAGGAUAAUAUUUUCACCCUCUGUGGUUCAUCCUGAUAUUUUCUCCCACAGUCCUGGUGAUGGAACAGAUCCCUCUGUGGGAGCUGGACUGUGGAAAAUAUGGCUGAAAAUAUAGGCUAUUCAUAUUAGCCAAUGAUAGCCUACAAGGACUAAGGAGUAGGCUACCAAAUUCAAUUUAAGACAUGCAAUAUAUUUGUAUAUUCUUUCAGUAGAGGAUCUUUCAGUAUAAAAUGUAUCAUAUAUUUUAUAAGAUCAUUUGAAUGUAAAUGUAAUCGAAUCUAGCAUGAGUAAAAUAAAAACGGGUUUAUUUGAAUUUCAAACGUUUUUACGAAGGAGGUCGACUUGAUUUAUAUAUUUAAAAACAUAUAUUUUUGCCUACCUCGGCUGAAUCUCCUCUCGGAUUUAUAUUCGAUCCAGACAUCAUCUGUGGCCGAAAUAUGUCCUGGUUUGUAGGCCUAUCCUAUAGUAGUGUUAAAUGGAGUGUAUGCCCAAUUUGUCCAUAUGAAAAGCUGCAUUGUAUCUCAAUGGUAUAGGCGCUUCCAUCAGAGCAUAGGCUACAAACUCGUCUGAAAAUAGCAGCUGAAAUACUCGGAAAGGACUGAAAGGCAUUUUCAUUGGCAACACAUGUAGCCGGACUCAGGCUACUUUAUGAAGUGUUAGAUGAAUUUAAUUAAAAUAGAAAACAGUAACGGAGGCAAAUGCACUUUCAAAAGUUUAUGAAAUGUAUUUCAUAUUCAUCUUAUUUGACACAAAAAACAAACAUUGAAGUUUUUGUAUUCAUGUUUUACUUUUUUUUAACUUUUGUACUAGUAAGCUAAUUGAUUUAGGCUACUCAGAAGUUAGAAAUAACAAUGUACCCCUUCACUAAUAAUGUUUUAGUACUUAGUAUGUAAUGAAUUAAUCUCAGAAAUGCAUUAGCCAAAGUUUGGUUAGGCUAUUGAUAGGCCUAUUUAAAUCUUGCCCAAUUGUGUUUUUCAGAGCAACCAAUCAUGUCCAGAAACAUAAAAUAGACUGUCAUUAUUAAAUCUCUGCUUGAUUAUUAAAUCUGCUUGAUUUAGCAUUUGUUAUAUUUGGCAUUUUUAUACAUAUUCUGUAUUUCCAUUGAAGAAAGCAAUAAUUAAUAAACACACUACUGUAAAUAAAUGGACACUAACUGUUAUAAAACUUAAAUAAAUGGUGAGAAAUGUUC